GAACGGCGUCGGCUUCCGUGUCUGUAACCGCGCUGAUAUCGAUGCUGUGAGGGGUCUCGACUCUGACAUCGCCGGCGAGGAAACUCUGGCUUCCGCUGCCUCCUCCUCCGACUCGGAAACCGGCGGAGCUUCGCCGCCACCGCGGAAGAAAAGCCGAGGCUCGGCGGCGGAGGGAGCAGGAGAGAGCGGUGCGUCUGCUGCCGGGAUCACGGGCCUCUCUGCGGCGUCUCUCCCAACCCCCCACCAGCGCUCGGACAUCCGUCUCAAUCACAGCCUGCGGUCGCGCAGAUCCGCCACUGUAACUUCGUUUUAUAAGAUGCAGGCCAACGGGACCGGAGCACAGGAACCGGAGCCGGAGUCCUGCAGGAACGGGGAGUCCUCGUCCUCCGCCGCGGGAGCGGUGCACUCCAACGGUUUGCUGUCCUCCGCGAAUAACGGACUGCCGUCCAUCGAGAGCCCUGCGUCUGACAGCAGCACGAAGAAGAAGAAACGACUGUCCCAGAGCGACGAGGACGUGAUCCGGCUCAUCGGACAACAUCUCCGUGGGCUGGGACUCGAUCAAACGGUGGACCUGUUGAUGCAGGAAUCGGGCUGUAGACUUGAGCAUCCUGCUGCUACCAAGUUCAGGAAUCAUGUGAUGGAGGGAGAAUGGGAGAAGGCUGAGAGCGACCUGAACGAGCUGAAAGCACUGAUGCAUUCCCCCAGCGCUGUGGUGCGGAUGAAGUUCCUGCUCCUGCAGCAGAAGUAUCUGGAGUAUCUGGAGGACGGGAAGAUUCUGGAAGCGCUGCAGGUGCUCCGAGCCGAACUCACGCCCCUGAAGUACAACACUGAACGCAUCCACGUCCUCAGCGGGUACCUGAUGUGCAGUCUUCCCGAUGACCUGCGAGCUAAAGCAGAGUGGGAAGGCAAAGGGACGGCCUCACGAUCCAAACUCCUCGACAAGCUGCAGACGUUUCUGCCCCCGUCUGUGAUGUUGCCGCCCCGUCGUCUGCAGACACUCCUGCGGCAGGCCGUGGAGCUGCAGAGAGACCGCUGUCUCUACCACAACACCAAACUGGACAGCGGACUGGACAAUGUGUCUCUGCUCAUAGACCACGUGUGCAGCAGGAAACAGUUCCCCUGCUACACCCAGCAGAUCUUGACAGAGCACUGCAAUGAAGUCUGGUUCUGUAAAUUCUCCAACGACGGCACCAAACUGGCCUCGGGGUCCAAAGACACAACAGUCAUCAUUUGGCAGGUUGACCCUGAUUCUCACCAGCUCAAGCAGCUGAAGACGUUGGAGGGUCAUGCCUAUGGGGUUUCCUAUCUGGCCUGGAGCCCCGACGACACGUAUCUGAUAGCGUGCGGCCCGGACGACUGCUCCGAGCUCUGGCUGUGGAACGUGCAGACAGGGGAACUGAGAACUAAAAUGAGCCAGUCCCAUGAGGACAGCCUGACCAGCGUGGCCUGGAAUCCAGAUGGCAAGCGUUUCGUUACCGGAGGUCAGAGAGGCCAGUUCUACCAGUGUGAUCUGGACGGAAACCUGCUGGACUCCUGGGAGGGCGUCCGUGUUCAGUGUCUGUGGUGUGUGAGUGACGGCAGGACAGUUCUGGCCUCUGAUACACACCAGCGCAUCCGUGGAUAUAACUUUGAAGAUCUGACCGACAGGAACAUAGUUCAAGAGGACCAUCCGAUCAUGUCCUUCACCGUGUCAAAGAGCGGGAGAUUAGCUCUGUUAAAUGUCGCAACUCAGGGAGUUCAUCUGUGGGACCUGCAGGACCGUGUGUUAGUCAGGAAGUACCAGGGUGUGACUCAGGGCUUCUACACCAUACACUCCUGCUUUGGCGGCUACAACGAAGACUUUAUCGCCAGUGGCAGUGAAGAUCACAAAGUGUACAUCUGGCACAAGCGCAGCGAGCUGCCCAUAGCGGAGCUGACGGGUCACACGCGCACAGUCAACUGUGUGAGCUGGAACCCUGUGCUGCCGGGCCUGAUGGCCAGCGCCUCGGACGACGGCACCCUGAGGGUCUGGGGUCCCGCACCCUUUCUGGACUCGCAGGAGACCGAGGGGCUCACCGGUACGAAACCCCUCAUCAGUCAACAUGCUGCUCGUUUGUCGUAACGUCAAAUUGUUAAACUCCAUCUGAAAAAUAUUUGGCUGGUAAACUAUGAAA